AUGGCUCCAACUGGCAUUCAGCGCGAUCAUGAAGUGAUUGAUUUACUCUCCGAUAGUGAGACGGAGGACGAGGGUCUCGCAAGACACGAAUUGGAGGCCUUCGACGCACGAUCUGCAGCAGAAUUCGCUCUCGACUUCCCGGAUCUGGAUGAUCCUAUCGCAGAGUUCCGCGCAGAAUUUCAGGCAAAUGACCGUCAAGUGAUCGAUUUGACCGACAUUCCAGACAUUGACGUUCCGCCCUCUGACGCUGUCGUGGCAGAAGACGACAGACCACCACCAGAGGAACGAGCUCCCGAUUGGGGUGAGGAACUCGCAUUGGUCACCGAAGCUGCCUGUUUGCAGAUGGUUGUGAGCGUGCUGCCGGACAUCUCGGUCGAUUACGUCCUCAAAUUGAUCCAAGAAAAAUUGACAGACACCACACGAACAACCGCACAAUGCGAGCAUUUCCUCACGGAGUUAUUGGAAGGCGAGCCAUAUCCAAAAGAAUCAGACGACGCGAAGAAUAAGAAGAGAAAGAGGGAUAACGAAGCCGAGGGUGAGUUGAGCACCUACGAGAAGGGCGAGCGUGAUCCCGAGAUCGGCGGUUAUGAACAUGACGCAACAGAGCUACUCAAAGACGAAUUCCUCACUGUACCCGUGCGGCAUAUCACGACCGUGCUCAAACAGCAGAAGACUCUUUACAAGGCCUACGGUGUCAUUGAACAACAAGUGCGCAACUACGGACAAAUUGCCAGGACAUAUUCGAAGAUAAACAAGUCACGCAUCAAGCGCGGUAUUGAGCUCCAGUUGAUUGAGCAAGGCAGUCAGAUACCCAAGGAGCUGCACGCAGCAAAGAAGAAGAGCGAAGCUGAAGCUGCCAAACGCCAAAAGGUCAAAGACGAGGAAAAGAAGGAAGAAGACAACUUAAAACAAGCGCAAAUGAACAAUGAAAUGGGUGAAUGCGCAUGUUGCUUCAACGACGUUCCUCUCAACCGCAUGAUAAGUUGCAACGGAGACACCACCCACUUCUACUGCGUAGACUGUCCCCGUCAACAGAUCGAGACGCAGAUGGGUCAAUCUCGAUGCAGACCCAAGUGUUUCGGAGUCGACGACUGCAAUGGAACGUUCACCCGGCGACAGUUGCAACAGGUUCUGAGCGAUAAGACAUUCGAGCGACUCGAGCACAUGCAACAAAGAGAGGACUUGGAAGCGGCGGGUCUGGACUUCCUCUCGGAGUGCCCCUUCUGCGACUUCAAAAUGGAAUGUCUACCGGUCGAGGUUGACAAGGAGUUCCGCUGUCAAAACCCCAAAUGCAGCAAGACGAGUUGUCGCCUUUGCGAAAAGGAGUCUCACAUCCCACUCAGCUGCGAGGAAUUUAAGAAGGAUGGCCAAAUUACCCUGCGACACAUUGUCGAAGAAGCGAUGUCGGCAGCCUUGAUACGACACUGCAACAAAUGCAAGCAUCCUUUCGUCAAGGAACUUGGCUGCAACAAGAUGACAUGCACGCACUGUAGGAAUGUGCAAUGCUACGUCUGCUCCAAGAACGUAACAGACUAUAACCACUUCGGCGAGUCUCGUGCAGGCAAAUGUCCUCUGCAUGAGAACGUCGAAGACCGCCACGAACAGGAGGUCAAGCGCGCAGCUGAUGAGGCCAUGGCCAAGGUCCGACUCGAUAAUCCAGGCUUGUCAGAUGCAGAUUUGAUGGUCAAGGUCUCAGAUCGAGUCAAGCAAGCAGAAGAUGCACGAAAAGGUCGAGCAGGCAUAGAAGCGCAAGCCUUCCCUUACCACAUGGUUGGAGAGCAGCUCAGGCGAGCCCCCAUGGUACCCCCAGUACCUGCGCCGCCGGCUCACCUCAAUGGAAUAGCAGCAAAUGUCGCCCAAGCAGAUCGACCUCGGUUGUUCAAUGCCCUCUGGGCCAUGCUCCCACCCAAUCCCCUCCCACAAUUCGGCAUUGGGAGGGGACAAGUCAACGAACCAGGCCAACCAGCCCGCCUUCCCGAAGCUGAUGGAGUCAUUGAUCGAAUUAACGAACGGGUUCGCCAACGCAAUGCCCGACCGGAAUUGGGCGGUCCUCGUCGAAUUGCCAACGGCGAACAGGCGCAGCGCGAUGCUCGCGAGGCUUUCCGCUUUCUGGACAACGUUGGACUUGGCCAGGAUCAGCAGCAGAUAGCCGUGCGUCAGAAUUUAAGAGCUAGACAGCAGGAGCUUGCAGCAGAGCGCGCGCGGUUGGCUGCAGCGCGACAAACCCUCGAUGACGACGCGAGAGCCAUGCGUCAUAACGUGGCAGCUAGGCGACAUGGAAUCGAAGCAGAGCGCGCGCGGUUGGGUGUGGGGCAACAGAAUCUUGAGGCUCUGCUUGAGGCUCGGCGGGUAGCGGCUGCUGCGAUGGUAGCUGACAGGCGACGGCGUCGUGGUAUGGCGCCUCAGGCCCCUCACAGAUAG